ACACACACACACACACACAUCGGCUUUAAAGAAAGACACCGGCAGAAAAGUAGCUUUAAAAGGUCCCAUCCGGUGAAGGCGUCGGCGCCCCGUUUGGAGGGUUUGGAGCACACACACAAGCAGACAAACAGGAGUGGAGACGAAGCGGAAGGAAGGCCGCCUCCAUUUUAGCUCCCGUGGCCGCUGGGCGCCUCACGUGUCGUGGCCUGCCCGCCUCACAUGACCCGUGUGUUUGUCCCCGUGAUCACAGCCUCCAUCCCGGCGGACCCGACACGUUGUUGCCGUCGCUGGUUGCCACGAGCCUUCAUGGAUCUGCUGGAGCAGAGUGCGGACAGCUCGGCGAGUCACAACAAACAGGAACCCGACGACAUUGAGCAGUUACAGGAAGGAGAAACAGAGGAUCAGUCGGCUGGGACCAUUUCUCCUGUCCCACGGGCUGCGUUCACUGACCACAAUGUCCAGUACCAGUUCCGCACGGAGAACAGCGGUGGACAGGUGACCUAUCGUGUAGUUCAGGUGUCAGACGACAACAUUGACACAUCCACUGACGCCGCCGGGGCCGUGAGCGUCGUCUCUGCUGCGGCGUUUGCAGGAGCGCCCCAGGCUGUAAUCCAGAAUCCUUUCAGUAAUGGGGGAAGUCCGGUCGGGGAGACGGUCGGAGGAGAGACACGUUUUGCAUACUUUCCAGCCACCGCUGUCAGUGACGGGACAGCCGCAGCCGUGUCGGUGCAAACCACUUCUGACCCGACAAUCACACAGGGGGCAGCAGGUCAGUUCUACGUAAUGAUGACCCCUCCUGAUGUGCUGCAGUCGGCAACCCAACGGACGAUCGCGCCACGCACACAUACUUAUCCAGCAGACCUUGGUGAAAGCGAGAUGUUGCAGCAUGGCAGCACAAACUGGAAGGUGGAUGGUCCACGAGCACCGAGGGAUGAAAGAAGAAGAGCACAACACAACGAGGUGGAGAGAAGAAGAAGAGACAAGAUUAACAACUGGAUUGUCACACUUUCAAAAAUCAUCCCUGACUGCAACAUAGACAGUAGAACUGGUGCUAGUAAAGGAGGCAUCCUGUCCAAAGCUUGUGAUUACAUCCGUGAGCUGCGCCAGAAUAACCAGCGAUUGCAGGAGAGCUACAAAGAAGUGGAGCGAGUUGAGCUGGACAAUGAACUGCUUAGACAACAGCUUGAGGAACUAAAAAGCGACAACGCGCUGCUUCGAGCACAGCUACAGCAGCACGGCGUCGAAGUCAAUGGAGACUCCACAACCCAGUGAAAAGCGGACUGGAUAUCUGUAGAGUCGCACACAUGCGUAUUCCCACUCACCUGAACAAUACCAGGAAAGGAAUAACCGCAGGUGACUACUUCCAUCUGGAUCCCAUUGAACAUAAAGUGGGCCAGUGGCCUACUGAAGGACCACUGACAGAUGAUGUCUCCCUCUAUAUGCUGCUGGCCAAUGGCUGACAUUUACUGACUAGCCCAAUGAACCCCUCAGCUCUGCUUCAAGGAGAACGACCUCGGCGCACCACCAUACUUGCACAAAGCUUUAUUUGACUAUAAUUUAUAAUCCUGCCACUCCUCCCAACUUCUCAUUCUUUUUGGUGCAUUUUCUUUUUUUGAAGCUACCAAAUGUUAUAGGAAAUACCACUAACGUGUCACUCAUCCUUAAUUUAUAAACCUAGUCCAAAGUCCGCACCUUUAUUAUUUUCAGGCAGUUAAUCAGUAAAACAGUUCUGAUGGUGUUGGUUUAAUUUUAGUGCAAGACCUAAACAAGGUGUAAACCUAGCUCAGGUAAUUGGGGUAGUGCACUGGCAUCUGGUUCCCAGAUUUUACAUAUAGAUUUUAUUUUUUGACUUUACUUUUUUUUUUGUCUCCUGGUGCAAUGGACAGACAGUUGAGAAAUGUGUAUCUGUUUUAUCGGGCAUCACAUCGAGUAGCUGGUUGGUAAAGUUUCCUUUAUGUGUCACUGAGGUUAAUGAAUGUGAGGUCUUAUUUAGAGACCCGCCUCUUUGUGGCCUCAUGGGCUUUUUUUUUUUUUUUUUUUUUAAAUUAUUUUUUCAUUUUAUAUUAUUUUAUUUUUUUGUCUGUGUUGUUCCCCCACUAAUCAAAUACGCAGCAAUGUUUGAGACCUUUGUGGCUAACAGGAGGCAAUAAACAUCAAGCAUGAAUGAGA